AUGUUCUCUGGAUUUGGCUCCAAUUUUUUCGGCAGUUCGCCGUUCGCUACAAACAAUAAAUUUGAGGAUUACUUCCGUUGUUACCCUGUGGCUAUGAUGCCAGAUAAUGUCAGAAAAGAUGAUGCCAACUUUGGAGGCAAGAUCUUUCUCCCUCCUUCAGCCUUGAAUAAGUUGACCAUGCUCCAUAUACGUUACCCCAUGCUCUUUGAAUUGACCAAUGAGCUUUCAACCGCUAAGACACACAGUGGAGUGCUUGAGUUUGUUGCUGAAGAAGGCAGAGUGUAUAUUCCUCAAUGGAUGAUGGAAACACUCAGCUUGGAGCCUGGUAUGUUGGUGAAGAUCGCCAGUUGCGACUUGCCAAAUGGCCAGUUUGUCAAGAUUGAACCACAAUCAGUGGACUUUCUUGACAUUUCUGACCCUAAAGCAGUGUUAGAGAAUGCUUUAAGAAAGUUCUCGACGUUGACCGUUGGUGAUAUCAUCCAGAUUGAUUACAACGACACCAAGUUUGGAAUCAAGGUGUUGGAGGUGAAGCCUGAGAGCUCCAAUAGUGGCAUAUGUGUGGUCGAGACCGAUCUAGAAACCGAUUUCGCCCCUCCUGUGGGAUAUGUGGAACCUGAGUAUAAACCAAAGUCUAUCACCCCUUCGACAACCCCCAUUGAUCCUUCCAAAGUGAGCCGUAGUGCUGGUGCAGGUACCAUGGCUCGUUCAAUUGAUUACGCCAACAUCGUAGCCAAUAGUGGCAAGACAACAGUAUUUAAAGGAGAGGGCCAGAAAUUGUCAGGAAAGCCUACAUCGAAGGAAGCCACGCCCAGCAGAGUGACCAUUGAUGACUUGGAUCCCAACGCUGAACCAGUGCCUUUGAACUUGCCUCCAACACAAAUCUUCUUGGGAUGGCCCGUGGUUCUUCCAACUCCAGAGGAGUCUGAGGGUGAAGCUCCUAGCACAGGAUUCUCCGGGGAAGGCAAGUCAUUGAGACAGAGCAAGAAGCGGGCCAGCAAAGAAGCACAUGCUCCGUUGAAGAACCACACCCGCAGCCCAGAUCAGAUUGAGAUCGAUGAUUAA